AUGUCUCACCCUCUCUCUAUUCUAUCUGCAGCUGAGACAAACUUGGCCCGUGAUGUGGUAAAGGCCGCGCACCCAAAUGUUGUGAUCGACUUCCGAGAGAUCUUCCUGCAGGAACCACCCAAAGCACUACUCUUGGAGUUCCUGGCAGUCGAACAUGCUGGUCGUCUCAGCCCAACGACUCCACGACCUCCGCGACUUGCCCUGUGUCAGUAUGAUGUUAUUGGGCAAGACCGCAUCCCCCAAUUCCACGAAUCAGUGGUAGAUGUAGUUUUACAAUCGCGCGUCAAGCACACGAUAGUGGGGAAACAACAUCACGCAAGCUUGACCCUUAACGAAUUCGAUGUUUUAGUGGAGCAAUGCAUGAAGUCUCCCUUGUUCCAGAAAGCUCUAUCGGAUUUCACCUUGCCUGAGGGCUUUGAGGUCGUGAUUGAGCCGUGGCCGUAUGGCGGAUUAGAUCAUACGGAUGAGAAUCGCCGCUUCUUCCAGGGAUUGUGUUUCGCCCAAGACAAGCGAUGUGGAAACGAGGACUCCAACUUCUACUCGUUCCCUUUGCCAAUCAUUCCAGUGAUGGAUGCCUUGACACAACAGAUCAUUCGUGUAGAUCGACCUGCCACCGGUGGUAAAGGGGAGGGCCUUUUGGAGCAAACCUUCAAGCGUGACAUUAUUGGCCACUGCAAGCCUUCGGAAUACGUCCCAGAGCUGAUGCCCGAGGGCACCCGCAAGGACCUUAAGCCCCUGAAUGUGGUCCAACCUGAGGGCCCCUCUUUCCGGGUUACAAACGAGUCUCUGGUUGAAUGGCAGAAGUGGCGAUUCCGUGUCGCUUUCAAUCCUCGAGAGGGAGCCACUAUUCACGACGUGUCUUAUGAUGGCCGCAGCGUGAUGCACCGAUUGGCAGUGAGCGAAAUGACAGUCCCCUAUGCUGAUCCAAGGCCUCCCUUUCAUCGGAAGCAAGCCUUUGACUUCGGAGAUGGAGGCGGUGGUAACAUGGCUAAUAACUUAUCUCUCGGCUGCGACUGUCUUGGAGUGAUCAAAUACUUUGAUGCUAUGAUCACUCAACCAGACGGUACUGCACAAGUCCUUCCCAACGCAAUCUGCCUUCACGAACAGGAUAACGGAAUUGGCUGGAAGCACUCCAACUGGCGCACUGGACGGGCAGUUGUCACUCGACAUCGGGAGUUGGUUAUCCAAUUCAUCAUCACGCUGGCCAAUUAUGAAUACAUCUUUGCCUAUAAGUUUGAUCAGUCUGCUGGUAUUACCGUUGAGGCUCGUGCCACAGGUAUUUUGAAUGUUGUCAAUAUCGACGCUGGUAAGGUCAGCGACUAUGGCAAUGUAGUCAGUGGUGGCGUUCUCGCCCAGAACCACCAGCAUAUCUUCAAUGUUCGAAUCGACCCAGCCAUUGACGGUCCGAACAACUCCGUGGUCGUCGAGGAAUCUCACCCUGUUCCCAUGAACGCAGUAACUAACCCGAACGGCAAUUUCUACCAAGUCACCAAGCAGACAGUGGAACGUUCUUCUUGGAUUGAUGCUGCUCCGCAGCUCAAUCGUACUAUCAAGAUGGUCAAUCCUCACAAGAAAAACCCUAUCAGUGGAAAUCCUGUAGGGUACAAAUUCAUUCCUCUGGCAACCCAGAUGUUGUUGGCCGAUCCAGAAUCAGUACAGGCACGCCGGGCGCAAUUUGCUCAACAUCAUGUUUGGGUCACCAAGCAUCGCGAUGGAGAACUGUAUGCUGGCGGCCGGUACACGUUGCAGAGUCAAACUGAGAUUGAGGGUGUCGCAGAUGCCGUUCGCCGUGGUGAUUCCGUUGUCGACACCGAUGUGGUAGUUUGGAACUCCUUUGGCAUAACCCACAAUCCACGUGUGGAGGACUGGCCAGUGAUGUAA